CGAGGCCCCUGCAUCCAGGCGGUGCACGACGAGCCGACGGUGGAGUGUCGCGGCGUGCACCGGGCUGAUCGCCGGUCAUCGAUCCACACCGACGUGAACGCCGAUGGGAGCGAGAGAGAGGGCGAGAGGCGCGGGAGAGGGUGAGGGGAGCAAAGGGGUGUCGGGCGCGCGAAGAGGGAGGCUCGUCGAUGCGUUGUUCUCGGAUCGUUCUCGAUGCGCGUGGAUCAGCAAAACGAUGAUAAUGGGAGAAUAUUUAAUCGGCGGCGCGCGGCGACGCGAUUAAUCUCGGUCGCGCGAAACGCGACGAAACGCGCCGUCGCGCCUGCCGACGCGCGAAACUGCCUGUGCGCGAAUGAGGCCGAAGGGGUGGAGAGAGAGAGAGAGAGAGAAAAUCGAGGAUUUUGCUCGUCAGAUUGAUGUAGGAUAUCGUCGGGCAUGGACAAGCGUGCGAGACAAUUAGGGGAAAGUAAUCGGGGAAUUGGGAAAUUGCGCUGAAUGGACGCGUCGUGCAUAAUUCCGCAAUAAUGAGACAUAUGUCGAGCGUCUGGCGCGUUGCUCGACUAACGCGGAUACAGCCGCUCCGAUCGACGCGGCUUCGAGUUAAUCCUCUUCGAUCGCUCCGCCGCUCUCUCCGGAACGAUCCUCCGCGCUCCGGUCGAAGCGACGCACCCUCAAAUCCGACAACCGGGAGUGAGAGACGAAUUAUCGACUCGCGCGAGGCGAGGCGAGGCGAGGCGAACGCCGUACGCCGCUUGCGGAACUGCGUCGAUGCGAGAGCAUUGCACGAGGGUGCUCCGGCUUGAAGCCGUUGAAGAAGGCAACGACGGUGGAAGAGAAGAGGAGAAUCCCGCCGGCACCCCUCGUCCCUCUUCCUCCACCUUGCCCUAUCAGUGGCGGAUUUAGAGCCUGGGAAACCCCGAGCGAGACAAUAUCAAGUCUACGCGCAUAAUUACGAUAAUCUCUUCUAUUUACGCCACUAAUGAUUCCAAAAUCAAGAUGACGUCAACCUCAGAGAUCGUCAUUUAUCAUCGAAAAGAUACAUCUGCGAGAGACAUAUGAUUACGCGACGAUAAUCCCCAAGAGGGUGCACCCGUGGAAUAAAAUGCGGAACCCUCCUUGGUCGUUUAUCGAUAAAUCCGCCACUGUUUUCUCCACCUGCGAGCCCCCCGUCCCGCGGCGCACCUCGCGACGCCCGCGAAGAGGGUGGGGUAGGCGCCCUCCACGCUCGUGCAUCCCCUUUCGCGGCACUCCGGCUCGUCGAUGACGAAACGCACGUAAAUUCGUCGCGGCGCCGCCGCCGCCACCACCGUCACCGUCGCCGCCGCCGCGGCCGCUGCCGCCGGGUGAAAUCAGUGCGACCCAAGUGCACCGCGAGGGAAGAACGCGGGGCCUCCCGUGUUCCCGCUUGCGGCACGCGCGCGCGCGCGUCCGCCCGCCUCUUCGUAACGUGUCCGUUUUCUCUCUUUCUCCCUCUCGCCGCGCGAGUGACAGCGUGACACAGACGGCGGGAUAACAGACAAGUAAAUGGGUCGUUGCGCGCCCCCAAAAUCGAGAGCGAAACGCACCGAAGCGGGGCUCGAAAGCGCGCUCCUUUGCUUAUCGUAGUAAAUAGAAGCGCGGUGAUCGUUGUGAUAAUAGCGUAGAUAGAUAUUUAUCGGAAAACAAGAGAGAAACGAUAUGUAAUUAGCAAAGGAGCGUACUUGGUAACUUGAAAAUUGAUUAGGAUCCUCUCUCUCUCUUCGUAAAAGAGGAACUUCGGGAGAAAGAUAAAUAACGACGAGUAUUUCGCGGGGAAAUGAAAGCGUGGAAAAUCGCGUCUCCGAACCGACUAAUCGAUGUGCGUCGCGUGGACUAGGUCAAGUGACUAAUUAACAGUGAGAGCAAAUUAGAGCGGGCGUCAACGGAAAGACGAAGGCGUUCCACGACAGUUUUGCGAGCCGAAACGAACCGUCAAUCUUUCGCGAGGAAGAUCCAAUCGAUCGAAACGAGAAAAAAAAAAAAAGAAAGAAUCCAAACGAAAAGAUCGAGUUCGUCGACGACGCGAAAGAAGGCCGCGCUCGCUCGUCGGAGUAAAAGUGCGCAAGACGUGCAGCAGGUGCAACGGGAGCGCAGCUUCUGUCAUCGAUCUCGCCGCGGCUGCAGCGAGCAUGGCGCGGCCCACCGGACACGCCGGAUCGCGACCGCGCGCGAACUCGCGACGAUUUGUCGUUGACGUUGCGCGCGCGGCGAUCGACGGCGUCCGGGGGUUGACAGUCGGCGCGAUCGGCGAUCGCGACGCGCACUGAUUCCGGCGAGUCGAUCAUCCCCGAAGACGAUGGCAGCGACGACGACGACGACGACGAGGAGGAGGUCGGCGUCGACGGAACCGCGAACGCUGAAUCUUCCCGAUGGAAUGCGGGAGAUGGAUCGAACGAUGCCUCCUGACUGUCGCACGGCCCACCCACGUAAGCGUCCGGCGACCUCGCAGUGAGGACGAGGAGUCCUUCCGACGCUGUAGAACGCAGAGACUGGAGGAACGCCGGUCGCGCGCGGCCAGUGUUUAUAUUCGCGAGAGGCGCGAGACGCGGACCCGCGAAAUCGAGAUAUCGAUCGGGCUCCCUCGCGGGGAGCGCGACUCUCUCGCCGACGAGUAUUGGUGCGAUCGCGCGUCUCGUUUCUUUCCCGCGCGUUCGGUGCGCUUGGACUCUCGAAAGACCUGAAGGCGCGAGGGCUGAAGUUUUGUCGAGCGUGUCGACUGGCGAAGAGCGCGAGAUUGGCCAAGAUCCCAGCAUCAUUCGCGUCGUUACACCGAGUGUUUACAUAUCUGUGUUUACAUCUCUGUACGAUGCGUAAAGUCGCCAAGACUCGACGAGGAUUCCCACAGACCCUCCUUUAGACACUAAGACAAUAGAAAGGAAAUAUACAUGUGCGAAUUAAUAUCGAGAUUGAUCAAGAUGUCGAGCAGUCGCCAAGUCCGACUAACUUUGAUGAUUCGCGUGCUAUCAUGAAAAGUACCAACAGCGCAAUUUUCGGGAACAUCGAGGGAAAAUAUUUCAGAGACGCGUUCGUCGAUCAAAGUAUCAGAGCUUGGUCUUUGGAUGUUCACGUUGCGAUACAUUGUAGCCGAGAUGGAUCUAGAUUGAGCUCUCUCACUUGGAUGUCUAACAUAAGCCCGACGAGAGAAGCGUAGCCUAAGCGUGUCGCUGGCAGACGAGAUCUAGAUCGAUACGUAAGGAAUCAUAAUCGCGCAGAGAUGGACUGCUGCAAUUACAUCGAGGCUUACGCGGCAGGUAGUCACUUUUAUCAGCAGCAGCAGCAACAGCAGCAGUACUUUUGUUACGAUAAUGGUAGCGCGGCGUACGGCGGCUACGAAACCGCGCCGAUCUCUAACGCGAUCGACAUUAACGCUCGAUACAACGGGACGAUACCUUCCACAUAUCCGACAGAUUACGUGUACAACCCAAAGGAGGCGAGGUUGCGAAAGGCGAUGCGCGAGCAGACUCGCGAGCUGUCGCGCCGAUCAAUCCUGCAGAGCGCGAUCGCGAACGCAAACGCGCGCACGAUCGGCGGCGGCGCGUCCGCGAUUUCCGGCGAAUUCCUCAACCAACAUCACCGUUUCGAUUGCGCGUCCGUGCCCAUGGGUCCGAACGUGAGUCCCCAUCAGGAGUCCUGGUACCAGGCCGCGAAUCGCGGCCUGAAACCGACGCACUCGCCGCGAAUCGGCGACUGGUACGGAAACGUGUGCGGCGAUCCGAUCGAGAGGCUCCAGGCGAUGGGCGCGAUGCAUCAGCAGCAACGCGAUCUCGACAAGCCCAUCAAGGACCAAAGAAAUCAGGCGUUUGCCUCCAACGGCUACUCGCCGGAUAUCGCGGCUGCGGAGAGGGAGAUUCGACGGCAGGAAUCCGCUGCGGAGUACGCCGAUUUUGUCGACGGCCAGAAGUGGCAUCCUUAUCAAAAUAGCGUGAGCCCUCAUCCACAUCCGAGGACGCCGCAUCCGUCACCGCAAAUGGGUGGCAUUCUUCACCCGAAUGUCCAGAAUACAAACGCGCAUGGACACACGCACGGUCCAUGGGGCCAAUUUUGCCCGGGCGUGCUACCACAUGUCCCGCUCGUGGCCCACAACGCGACGAUUCGAGGUCCGCGACAUGCAGUUUUCUUACGGGAUCGUACGCCAACCAGGCACUGCGCGUUUUCGGAAGAUGCGUCGCAGAUGAGUUACGCUCCGAGAAAAUUAAACAUUGAUAACAUCCGCGCGUCUUAUCCGUUACCGGAGCAUCAGAUGCCAAGAUUGCUGGACUCAUCCGUGGACUCCGUCAUAGACUCGACGACGACGAUGAAUCGGCGCGAGGAGGACGACGGGACCAGAUGGGAGGCAAACUCCGGAGUAUCUCUCGACGAACUCGUGCCAACCUCUACGCCGCAGGAAGGCACAGUUUCCCGCGAGAAGGAGCAGCGCGAGUCCCGGCACUCGAGCGAGCGAUUCGAGGCGAAGAGGAGGCCCGUAUCCAAGCAGCCGCUCCCAGGCUUCCACCAGGCCUUCGGCUCCACGGAGAUCGGCAGAUUCUCCCGAUCCGAGUUCUUCGUCAACAUGGUGGGCGAGACCGGCACCGGUGGCGGCAGCGGAGGCGGCGGGGACGCCGGCGACGACGGCGGCGACGACGGCGACGUAAGUAAGGAACGUCCGCCGCCGGAGGCGACGGGGAGCGCGGCCGCGGCCGCGGCCGCGGCUGCGGCGGCCGCGACGGCCGCGACCGCGGCUACGGCGGCGACGGCCGCUGCAGCGGCGGCCGCCGCGGCCGUCGCGGCCACCACGUCCUCGAAGAUCUUCGACGCCGAGGAUGGCCAGGCUUACGCCGUCGGCGCUUACUGCGGACAGCCGGCGGCGCCGCGCUGGCACAGUCCGCACGUAGGUGCUAUAGGUAGCGAAAUUUAAGCGGUCUGGCGUAUCGUCUCGGCGACAUUCGUCCUCCCUCGUCGCUUUCUUCGAAGGUGCCGCGAGGUUUUGGGGAAAAUUGAUAGAAUUUUUUUGUUAUAAUUGGAAGGGUUUACGUCCAAUAUUUGUUAGCGUCGUUUCCGAGGAAUUAUGACGAAUGCCACUGAUGCGAUACGGAGUACCGCCCGCGGAUCGACUCCAGGAGGACGUUGUUCUUGUCUUUUCUUAGGCUAAAGCGGUUCCCGUAGCUUUCCGACGCGUGACAGAUUGCGAUGAGGUUGAACGGCAGUAUAUUGCAUUUCCGAUAGAUAUAAGUUACGAGUGUAACGUUAUGGUAGUUUUGAUGUGUAGCAGAUUUCAGUGACGAAGAAGUGUCCAUACUUUGUGUUACAUAUGCCAAUGAAGGAGACUCAUUCAGAAAUUGCAACCGCUACAGUUUGCUGCGUGCAUUUGAAUUUUUAAAACCCUCGCAAGACUCUUACACGUGACAAUGACAUUUCCGAUAAUUAAUAGAAUCGUCUCUUAUAAUAUUAGAUAUUGAGCUGGUAAUUAUAUCGGCUUCAAUUCCUGGACUUGUCUCCGAUAACGAAACCUCUGUCGAAACCUAUAGCGCCGCUCGGAAAGGAAAAGCGGGACACGCGUGUCAUGCGUAGCGAAUGCAAGUGCAUCGAUUAGCGAAAGCUGUCGGGGAUCGAUGUUGGCGUACGAAACGUCCCGACAAACUGCGAACGUUCGUCGAGAUUGUGCCUUCCAGAGGAUCGGGGACGCGUCGGGGAGUUCUCGUCGAGUUCUCUCGCCUUAUCGAGAAUCAAAGCAGAGCACGAUACACCGCGUCUCGUAUGCCAAAAGGAAGAUGUAAUCAAAAAUAAUUAAUGCCGAGAUGAUCCGUAGUCGAUCGGCACCUUCCAUCACUGUUGUUAGAUGCCGUCGGUGUUAUUUACGUCGACGAGAGCGAUUAUACAUAUAAAUAUAAAUAUAUAUAAAUAUAUAUAUAUAUAUAUAUAUAUAUAUAUAUAUAAUACUCGUGUGUAAUAUGUGAAGGAACGAAUACGCGCGACGAAGAGAAUAAGUUAUUUAGUAGAUUCUUUAGAUGAGUACGUAUUGCCGCGCGGAGAAACGAUCAAAUAAAAGUGAUACACGCCUGCGAGCGUUAGAAGCCGGAAAGUCGAAACGUUUUUCCGCUUCUGGAAAAUAAUUGCGAAGGGAUAAUGCACGGUGGUUCGUAUUAAGAAUCUGCGCCUAGACUUCUUUUAGAGAAAGAGAAAGAAAAAGAAUCGACCCUGUUCUGGAAUUAAUUAACAUUUAUCAAUUAUAAACAUUUCUUAUAUAUGUUUAUAUAUAUUUAGGCAAUAUAUUAUAAUUUAUAUAUUGCUCAUUAAAUUUAAAGAGUUAAUCAAUGCUAAGAGUGUUUUAAUUAAGCGGUAUAUUAUAUUUUAUUUUAUUUAAACGCGAUUGUAUUUAAGCUUGUAUAUUUAUUUCUCGUUAUGUCAAUCUCGCAUACUCUAUUUUGUCCAAUGAUUCAAUAGUGUUUCGCUGGCAGAUUAUUAAUACGCGCUAAUAUCUGUAACUUGCGUCUAGUCUACUGACCAGUUAAUUCGGGAUAAAUUCGUGCCGGAUACCCUGUACCUAUGAUGGGACCAAAUUACGAGAAACUUUUAUGUCGCGUUCACCGUCGCGCUUACGUCCUACGAUGUAUGGUCGCGUAAAAGAAACCUCCCUCAUUCUGUUCGCGCGAUCGCUCGCGAGUGAAAAAAAAAAUACUUUCCGCUUCGAGAAACGUGGAAUAUAUUCUGCAGAAUAAAGCGUGACACAUAUGAAAGUAUAUAAUAUAAUUAAAAAUAUAUUCCACUUCUUGCAACGGAGAAUAAACAUAAUCACGCCUUAUCAAAAACAUAUUUAGACAAUUGUCGAAUCAAAGCGUGCAUAUAAAAAUAUCAUAACGAAAAAGAAUGACGUUAUAUCCGUAGGACGGAGAGAUUGAAGUAAUCUAAACUAGAUAUCGAUAGUAUUUGACGUCGUAAAGAAAUCGUCUUUUUGGCGUCGAUGUACUGUGCAUAUUGAAAGAUGCGAGUAACCUUUACAAAUAAGGGGGUACUGUUUAAUUAAUCAGAAGAACGUAAAUGUACACUGUGUGAUGCGCAAUAUCAUAAGCAACGGUAGCUAAAAAGAGAUAAAACAAACCGACCUAUAACAGACCUACAACGUUUUAUGCGAAAUAGGUACCACAAAUGUCAAGUUUUUUCCGAUGCAGAAAAUAUUAACGCGCAUGCUUUCAAAAUAAAUAAAAGAAAUACAAAGUUGAAUUGGCAUUUGCGGUAUAAUCGUCCUGUGAUACGAGAUGGAUGUAAAGAUUCAUCUCAUCGCAAAAUGUAUGCUUUACUCUCAUUCGAUUGGGACGAUCGCGAGCAGUAUGACAAGAAUAAACGGAUGUCUAUGCGACAGUAAAGAUAAAAUGAAA